AUGUCGGCCAAUCGAGUUCUGGUCAUUGCUGGAUCUGACAGCUCUGGCGGCGCUGGCCUCGAGGCAGACCAAAGGGUUCUUGCAGCCCAUGGUGUUUAUGCCCUCACUGCUACAACUGGGUUGACGGCACAAAACACACUGGGCGUACAAGACAUUUUCGUCGUUCCCUCGGAAUUUGUCAGGAAACAGAUCAAUGCUGGUCUGGAGGAUGUUGGUGCUGAUGUAGUUAAAUUGGGCAUGCUUUCCUCUGCAGAGACGAUCGAUGUCAUUGCGGAGACAUUACAGACUCACAAAGUCCCAGCUAUUGUUCUUGAUCCGGUCAUGAUUUCAACCAGUGGUUCUCAAUUGUUACCCGAGAAAGCUAUCAAGGAGUUGCGAACAAAGUUGCUUCCCUUGACCACAGUUCUGACACCUAAUAUUCCCGAAGCACUGCUUCUAUUGAAGGAUUCUGGUGCUGAAACGCCCGAGCCGACAGAUCUAUUGGGGCUGAUUGAGCUCGCCAAGAAGAUCUGUUCCUUGGGUCCUAAAGCAGUCCUUCUUAAGGGUGGACAUCUACCUCUGACGAAAGAAAAGAAGAUCUCUCAAGAACCAAAGGAGGCUGCUAUUGUUGUGGAUAUUCUCUUUGAUGGAACCACGACCACCUUGUUUGAGACCGAGUUCUUGGUCUCCAAAAACACACAUGGCACAGGUUGCUCACUUGCAUCAGCAAUCGCUGCAAAUCUCGCUUCAGGAAAGGACAUGAUCAGAGCUGUUCGCAGUGCCGUUCGAUUCGUUGAGGUUGGUAUCAAGACUAGCACUGACCUGGGUAAAGGAAGUGGACCUAUCAACCAUUUCCACUCUAUUUAUACCAUGCCGUUUGCGCCUGGCCGAUUCCUUGAGUAUGUCCUUGAUCGCCCCGAUGUGCAACAGGUAUGGGAGAAGUUCACUCUUCACGAAUUUGUGGAGGGUAUGGGCCAGGGUACUCUGCCUAUCGACCGGUUCAAGGCAUACCUUGUUCAGGAUUAUCUUUAUCUGGUUCAAUUUGCCCGCAGUAAUGCACUGGCCUCAUACAAAGCUAAGACCAUGGACUCAGUAGCAGCAUCCGCCCAAAUCGUUCUGCACAUCCAGCGGGAAAUGGCAUUGCACAUUGACUACUGUGCCUCCUUCGGCCUGUCAAAGCAGGAGAUGGAAAGUCAUCCCGAAACCAUCGCCUGCACUGCGUACAGUCGAUACAUCCUGGACGUUGGCCAAUCCGAGGACUGGCUAGCCCUUCAAAUGGCACUCGCGCCCUGCUUGAUCGGAUACGGUGCCAUUGCACGCAGACUCUACACAGAAGAAGGUACCAUCCGAGAAGGCAAUAAGUACUGGAAAUGGAUUGAGAACUAUGUUGCGGAGGACUAUACCGAGGCUGUACGAUUGGGUUCAGCAUUGCUCGAGGAGCAUAUGAAACUGGUGUCACCUAGUCGCAUGGAAGAGCUCAUCAAGAUCUUCAUCCGGGCUACAGACUUGGAGAUUCGGUUCUGGGACAUGGGUCUUGGAGGUAAGGAGUAG